GUCUAUUGGUCCUAUUGCCAAUCUCGACAUUGCAGUUUGCAUUUCAGAAAGGACGACCGACGAUGGAGCCGAUUUUAGCGCAGCUGGGUGAAGACGCGCAGGACUUUUGGGCGCCGCGGAAGAUUGCGCGCAUUCCGCCGCCGACACCGCUGGCCUUCUACCGCGACUACGUCAGCAAGAACAUCCCAGUCAUUAUCGUCGGCGGCAUCGAGCACUGGCCCGCGCUGCGCAAAUGGUCGGACGCCUUCUUCGACGAGACCAUUGGCGACAAGACAGUGACUGUCGACGUCACGCCGUCGGGCUAUGGCGACGCCGUGCUCCAGCUUGCGGACGGCACGGACGUCUUUGUGCAGCCAGAAGAGCGCGACGUGACAUUCCGCGAGUUCCUCCGCAUGUACCACGACCCUGCGUUUGACGGCAUCCCGUACCUUUCGCACCAGAAUGACAGUCUGCGGGACCAAUUCCCCGAGCUCGUCAACGACGUCGAUGACGCGAUUGGCUUUGCGGCCGAGGCCUUUGGCAACGCUCCCGAAGCCGUCAACCUCUGGAUCGGCGACGAGCGCGCUAUCUCGACCAUGCACAAGGACCACUACGAGAACAUGUAUUGCGUUGUGCGGGGCCAGAAGCACUUUACGCUAUUGCCGCCGUCCGACGUGGCCUUUCUUCACGAGACCGAGUACCCGACGACGCGCUACGUGCACGUGACCAAGACCGCCGGCAUCGACCCGUCCGCGCUGCGACCGUCGUCGCAUCCGAUGUGGCGCAUUUAUAUGCCUGCCUCGGCCGCGUCCGACAUGACCCCGUGGAUUCCUGUGGACCCGCUUGCGAUUGACGCGACAACCUUUCCGAACGCCAAGCACCUUCGCCCGUUGGAGGUCGUGCUCGAGAAGGGCGAGAUGCUCUACUUGCCGUCGCUCUGGUACCACCGCGCGACGCAGCUUUGCGACACCGUGUCAGUCAACUACUGGCAUGACAUGGAGUUUGAUGCCAAGUACGUCUACUUCAACUUUGUCCAUGGCGUCGCCAAGUCGCUGCAAACCCAAGACGCCAACUAGUUCGAGUAUGGAUAGUUCGAGUAUGGAAUAAUGCGCCUUUGCAACCAGUUCUUAGUGUGUC